AUGUCUAUGAUCCUAGCCAUCCACAAGAACCACGCUAUACACUUUACUUUAACUACAACUCCUUCAGGCUAUAUCGUUUCUGGUUCUUGGGACAACAAAGCCAUUGUAUGGAAGGAAUUUCAACAAGCUUAUGUGCUUGAAGGCCAUACAGCUGCCGUUUGGGCUAUUCUUGCUAUUGAUGAUAGCUUGAUUUUGACAGCAUCUGCUGAUAAAUCUAUUCGUUUAUGGAGAGAUGGAAACUUGAUUCAUGUUUAUCAGGGCCAUACUGAAGCUGUGAGAGGACUUGCUGUAGUUCCUGGAAUUGGAUUUGUAUCCUGUUCAAAUGAUGGUACACUUCGAGUUUGGACUUUGGAAGGAGAAUGCAUUCAACAAUUAUACGGUCAUACUUCAUUUGUGUAUUCAGUCAGCGUUCUUAGCACAGGAGAAUUUGUUUCUUCUGGAGAAGAUCGUACUGUUCGUAUCUGGAAAGAUGGACAGUGCAUUCAAACUCUUCAACAACCCUGUAUCUCUGUUUGGACAGUUGAUGUCUUACCAAACGAUGACAUUGUUGAAUUUGAUGAAUUAUUAGCAAGCCAAGCUAUCCCUUCAAACCAAAUUGGCGACAUCAAUAAAGAUAAACUUCCAGGUCCUGAAGCAUUACAAGCACCUGGUAACAAGGAAGGUCAAGUAAUUAUGGUGAAUAUGGGUGCUACAGUAGAAGCACAUCAAUGGAGUGCUCAAGCUCAAAGUUGGCAAAAAAUUGGUGAAGUAGUAGGUGGUAACAAUCGCUCAAAGCAAACAUAUGAAGGCAAAGAAUAUGAUUAUGUCUUUGAUAUUGAUGUCGGCGCAGGUCCUAAUGGAAACCUUAAGCUUCCGUACAAUGUUACAGAAAACCCUUAUGAUACUGCACAGAAGUUUUUGAUCAAACAUGACCUUUCACAGUCUUUUUUGGACCAAGUAGCUGAUUUUAUUAUGAAGAAUGCCGAGGGAGUUAAUCUUAGUAGCAAUUAUCAAGAUCCUUUCACUGGUGGUAGUCGUUAUACUCCUCAAACAAAUCAACCUGCUUUAGGAGGUAAUAACAAUUUGGAUCCUUUUACUGGAAGUGGAUCAUACCGUCCCUCAGCCUAUAACACACCUCCUUCUGCAACAACUAAUUCGUAUAUUGAUCCUUUCACUGGCAGUGGAUCUUACAGACCAGCUACGAGCACUGCUAAUACCACCCCUACUCCACAACAAGGACCUAAGCUAUUGCCAGUUAGAGGCUAUUUGACAUUGAAACAAACUAGUCCUGAUGCAGUAUUAACAAAGAUUCGUUCACUGAACAGUGAAUUCCAAGAUGACAGCAAGCUAACAGAAGCCGAAUUGAACUCUUUGUCUUCCAUUGUUUCUUUCCUCAAGGCUCCUACAGCUGAAUUUGACAAUGCAGACGGUUUGUCUGUUGUCAUCAAAAUGGCUUCGCAAUGGCCUAUCGAUAAACGAUUCCCUUCCUUGGAUUUGAUUCGAUUAAUUGCUCUUUAUGCGCCUAUUAAACUCUCAGAAUUAACUCCUCAAAAGAGUGCUGUUCAAUUCUUACAGCAAGUUGGCGGAUUGAUGCCUGAUCAAAAAACCAGUGAGACUAAUGCUAUGUUGGCCUAUCGUGGAUUAGCCAAUUUAUUCCAACAAGAACAAGGUCGAUCUUUUCUCUGGCAAGAACGUCAAAUUAUUUCUAAUGUAAUGAGUGUGGAUGUUUCUGGUAACUACAAGAGCAAGAAUGCUCGCUUGGCUCAGAGUACAUUGGCAGUAAAGUAA